CAGGGGGGUGGUUGGAAGCUGUUCGUUCGAACGCGCUUUUGAACUCCCCCCGUGUCUGUGUGUUCCCGCUCCGGCGUCGUCUCUUUUGUCUGCCCCACCGCGCACCGCCUGACAAUCGGUCGAACCCCACACACUGAACCAGGCCCUCUGGAGGAGAACGGCACCGGACGACCUGUCCUGCACGUCGCCAUCGCACCCACCGACUGGGCUUCCGCCAACAGUCGAAGCCGGCCGGUUUGCUGAUCCCGAAAAUCACCGCUGAAAACAGAAUGCGCGGGAGUGCGUGUUGGCGUACAAUGCGCAAGGUGGCUCCGAUUCAUUGAAUGAAUGGGACUAAGUUUUGCCGCACAGUCCAGGAGCGUCGACAGGGAAAGCACGUGUGUUCCCGCUGACCGAGUUCAACGGGCCCUGUCAUUCACAAUCGUGGACUGACCGUCAUUUGGCGACGUCGAAAAGCGCGGGACAUUGAGCACCGGAAAGGCCAACUCGAUAAGGCAGGGAGGGUACGCGUGAUUGCUGGGACGCCAUCAUCCUGACACCAAAGACGCUCCGGGGAGGCACUUCGUCCACAGGCCGGCCGGCCCGCUGCCCCGUCCGUAGGCCCGGCAGCACUGGCGGUCUCUUCCCCUCACCAACGCCUCGCUCCGGUUCCCGCAGGGUGCACAAAAGGUGCCCCAGCCGGAGCAACCGUGGCCCCUCGCUGCGAACAGUUCGAGGUAGAGGCGCCCUCCGAGGAGAGACCAUGCUCCAGGGGCCCUUCGAGAAGCGCCAACAAGAAGAGCAGCAUGUGUGGCCGGCGCCUGUGUAUCUCGGCUUGCGCCGUGGUAUCUCUGCUCCUCAUAAUCUUAGGCGUGGGCGUCCUCCUUGGCUUCGACCACGUGUUUAGGUUUAUUCUUAACAAGGAGGUGGCUCUGUCGGAGCACUCUCGGGCAUUCCCAAUGUGGAAGGACUCCAGCCACGAAACCAAAAUCCGCUUUUUCUUCUUCAACGUCACCAAUCCCAAUGAUGUACUCAUCGGAGAGAAGCCGUCCGUCAAGGAAGUCGGGCCCUACACAUACAGGGCAUACUGGAUUAAGCAUAACAUAACAUUCCAUGACAACGGAACCUUGUCCUACAAAGAGACCAAGCGUUACUAUUUCGACAGAGAGAGCUCUGUGGGACCAGAGACUGAUGAAAUCAUGACCGUCAACGUACCUUUCGUGACGACGGCGCAUUUGCUAAAGGAACAGAACUUCAUCAUCCGCGGCAUCGCUUCACUCUCGCUGUCGGGUCUCGGGCAGCGGAUCUUCAUUUCCCGCUCGGUGGGGCAGCUCACCUUCGGCGGCUACCCCGACAUCCUCGUGCUGUUGGGAUCGGUCAUCGACUCCGGCCGGCCGCGACCGGGACAGCCUGGCUUCAACAUCGGCGACGUGUUCAGCCACGGCUACCGCACCGUCAUCGACAUGCUCGGCUCCCUGGUCGACCCGGACAAGCAGGGAACCAACGGAAAGUUCGGCUACAUGGUCAAUAAAAACGACACUAUCGAUGGGGAGUACACAAUAUUCACCGGCGAAGAUGACAUCUCCAAGGUGAACCAAGUGUACGAGUUCAACAAACACAGGAAACUGGAGGUAUGGCCAGGUGAUGAAUGCAACACAUUAACAGGAACGCUUGGGCAUAUUCGACCACCCCUGUCAAAAAGCAACGAGCAAGUUAUGUUCAUCCCGGAUAUUUGCAGGUCAAUACCAUUAGAAAGCAUAGGCUAUGAAACAUUCAAAGGCCUGAAAGUCAAGCGCUUCAUAGCUGGUCCCACAGCUUUCGACAGUGGGCAACAACGCAGUGAAAAUGAGUGCUUCGCUGCUGGCAGAGCUUUGCCGGAUGGGGGAGCAAACCUAGGUCCCUGCAAGCAAGGUGCUCCACUUGUGCUUUCGUUUCCUCACUUCUUGUAUGCUGACUCAUCAUACCGUGCUGAUGUUGGUGGCAUGAACCCAGAUCCCAACAAACAUCAGUUCUUCUUCAACAGUGAACCUACACUUGGAGUGACUGUUAAUGUUCGAGGUCGGAUACAAGUAAGCGUCGUCUUGGAGCGAGUGUUUGGACUUGGGCCCUUUUCUCGAGUUGCUGAAGCUGUGCUGCCACUCUUCUGGCAGGAAACGCGUGUGGAGGCAAGAGAAAGCACAGUCAAGCUGCUGAGAACCAUUGUUCAACUUCCCGAAUACUCUCAGUGGGGUUCUGUUGGCCUCAUUGUGAUCAGCUCAGUGCUGUUGGCUGCAUCAACAUUCUUGCUGUUCAGGCCACGGGUAAAAAGGAGGGAGAUCAGCAAAGUGCAGCCUAUUGCGAUAGAUGUAAAGAAAGCUGGGGAUGCUACUUCUGGUGAUAUGUUUCCAAACAAAGUGGAGCGCAUUCUGCAGAAUGGCCUUGAUCGUAUCCCCAACACAUUCGGGAUUACUGCAGUGCGCAACAACUUCAUCAAUGAGCUCAAGAACACCAGGAGGACUUCUGAACCAUCUGCACCCGCCGAGAUUAACAUCUACAAGACGUGACUGCCUGUCACUCCUAGACCGCAAGAUGUUUCUUGUACAUAAUACUCCCACUCUUGAGUGGGCUGUAGAGGUACUGCGUCCUAAUUGAUUUCACAGUGAACUGACUUGAAACUGUGACAAAUUAUGUACAUAGUUCCUUCCACAUUUUAGACACCUUGUAAGAGUUUUUACGCGUGUCAUGCUGUGCCUUGAACAAGACUGCUGCCAAAGCAAAGAAGGAAGAGGUCAGGCCAGAUGUUAUGUUGCUGCAGCAGUGUCAUUGAAAUGCCAUAUUUGCUUAAUCUGCAUGCACAGCAAGCAUUGAUCUUUGGGAACCAAAUGGAACUGCCAUUUUUACAUUUAUUUUUUUUUUGCAGUUCAUUUUGAUGAUCGUGUGCACAUAGGUAUCUUUAGGCAUAAUGUGAAAAACUGCUUAGUGUUCACAUUAUAUGCUUUCUUAUUGUAUGUCAAAUAAGGCAUAGGUUUCAUCAGUGAAUAUGAUUCUUUCAUAAGGGAAAAAUAUGCGUGCUCCAAAUGCAAGUUUUGGAAGGUUUCACGUGUUGAGGGGUCACUUGGUUUUGCAUCUGUGCCUUGCUUCAAGUACAAAUUAUACAAUCUAAGGUCUAUUUGCACUAUCCUCUGACAUGCUAGGUUAGCUUUAUAUACCAGGUCUCACAUGUAUUAAACUGCAUUUGGAGAAGACAGGAGGGUUCAAAAGGCAGUCUGGUGCAUCUCUUUGUGCGAUCCUAGAAUGCAUAGCGUUUCCUUUGGCUUCAUCAGAGCAUGUGCCUACAGAACCUUCAUCUAUGUUUCUUUUUCAUGUGGACAUUACACGUAAGUGAAUGUGCAUUUUGCUUUUCCAGCAACCAGUUUACUGAGUGAAGUAAAAUGCAGAUACUUGAGGAAAUGGUAAAAACAUGGCUUAUGUCACAUUGGUUAACUCUUCUACAGUGUAUGAGACAGGUUCUGUGCCCUACAAAUGUAACAAAGAGUCUCGGGCUUGACAAGAUCACCACCUGUUUAAGUUGAAAUUGUCUGAGUUGCUUUGUACAUAUAUUUUCCUGUGCUGUCCUUUCCUUUCUUUCAUUCUUUCGUUUCUCCCAUAGACAAGCAGCCAUAUAGCAGUGCUCAUAAUUUUGGUCUGUUAUUUUUUUGAUUACUGAAGAGUUGUUUCUGUUAUUACUUCAGCCACAUUCCAGAAGCAACCACUAUAAUUUCCCUGUUUUUACUUCUGUGAUAGUCCAUGAAUUCUGAAGUGUGUGACUUUUGAAGGAGGAAAAAUUAAACAGAAUCCUGCACCACAUCAACCUUUCAAUGUUGCAGGCAUUCUCACUAGA